UAAACCGAAGCCAACAGGCUCUCCUGCCUUGCCCUGAACUCCGGCCCAUGUGAGUGUGUGGCUGCUGCUGCUGCGGCGGAGCUGCCUGUGUGUGCCUAAUAGGAAAUAGUAAAAGCAGUGAGGCAGGUCAGUCAGUCGGGCAGCGAUUAGAUCCCAGCUCCGGACCUUCCCAGCGCUGCCGUCCGCAGUUGGUGGCAGGGGCGGCGGCGGCGGCCCGGCUGAGUAAAGUAGGAGUAAGGAAGGAGUAGCGAGGCAGUGGUUCGUGGGCUUCGGCUGGCCCAGCUGCUGCUGCUGCUCCUCCUUCUCUUGCUUCUGCUGGUGGUGGCGCCUCCGCUCGCCGCCCCCCUGCCGCCGCCCUCCGAUGAGCUCCUACUUCGUCAAUCCGCUCUACUCCAAGUACAAAGCAGCGGCGGCGGCAGGAGCAGCAGCAGGAGGAGGGGGCGAGCAGCCCAUCAAUCCCGCUUACUACGACUGUCACUUUGCGCCCGCCGCGGCCGCGGCCGCCCUGCUCUACGGGAACAGCGCGGCUGCAGCAGCCGCAGCAGCCGCCGCCGCCGCCUCGGGCUUUCCCCCUCCGCAGCCCCCACUUGGGCCUGGCUCGGGCGGCAGCGGCCCGGAAUACUACCAUCACCAGCAGCACCACGGGCACCUAUCCGGAGUAAGCCCCUCAGCCUACCACCACCACCAGCCGCCGCCACCGCCUCCUCCGGCCCCGCAGGGCCCCUGCGCCGGCCUGCCUUGUCCGGGAGAGCCUGCCAAGUUUUACGGAUACGAUAACUUACAGAGACAGCCGAUUUUUACGACACACCAAGAGGCCGAGCUGGUCCAGUAUCCUGACUGUAAAUCGUCCAGUGCUAAUAUUGGCGAGGACCCAGAGCACUUAAAUCAGGGCGCGUCUCCUUCUCCAAUGUUCCCCUGGAUGAGACCACAAGCAGCUCCUGGUAGGCGGAGAGGGAGACAGACCUACAGCCGCUUCCAGACUCUCGAGCUGGAGAAGGAGUUCCUUUUUAACCCCUACCUGACCAGGAAAAGGCGGAUCGAGGUCUCCCAUGCCCUCGGACUCACGGAGAGGCAGGUCAAGAUCUGGUUUCAGAACAGGAGGAUGAAGUGGAAAAAGGAGAACAACAAAGAUAAGUUCCCAGCCGGCAGGCAGGAGGGGAAGGAAGGAGAGGAGGCCAAGACAGAAGCCCAGGAGGACCUUCUAGAAGAAGGAGCAGAAGGCCUGACGAAUUGAAGGUUCUUCUUGGCGAAAGACAAUGCCUGGGAGCGAGAGCGGGGGCGCGAGAGCACCAGCAGCCUCUCCUCCCGGCCUUCACAGGUCUUACUCAGGCACUUUUUUCACAAGGGCCCGACCUUGUCUGUUUGUUUUUUAAAGCUACCUUUUGAUGUUUAUGUACUUAGGUGAGAGUUUUAUUUUAUUUGUUACUGCACCCGGGGCGCCCUAAGCGGAGUCCCAGCUGGCUGCUACUGCUGCAUCUUUCUCCACGUGGAAUUUGAUACCGAAAACUAUAUAGCAAUUUUGUACGCGUCCCCUCUUCGGUCUUUUUCUUCCUUCCUUUCUCUUUUUUGGUGCUCUCCUCUCCUGUCCCCAAGCACAGAAAAGCCAAAACCCAACCCAAAUGCGCGAAUCAAGCAAGUGCACUUGUAAUCUCAAACUUUCCUUCCAACUUAUUUCUUGUAAAGUAAAUUAAUUCAGACAUUAUAAUGAUUAUUAUUUUUUGCGGGGGUGUGGGAAAGGGGGGGGGAGAAGGAGGAGAUAUUUUAAUGGCACAUUGAUACUGAAUGAUCGGUAAUUGAUCGAAAUAAAACAAAAGUGAUUCCACUGUAA